GUCGCAGACACACGUUGCAGCAGCCUGAACAAUGAAAAUUUUAAUAAUAAGUUUUGCUUCAUGUCUUCUAUUGAUAUUGCCCAAUUAUUACCACGUGACCGAGGGCCAGAACGUCCUUUUGCCAACAGCAUUCUAUAAGACCACUGUAUUCGAAAAGAUAAAUCGCGGUGGAUAUAACAUCACUGAUUGUUUAAAAGAACUCCUCAAUUGUUGGGAAUUUAUAAAACCAGACAUAAUUUGUAUUAAGAACAAAUACGAACAAUAUAAAACGACCGCUUGCGAGGUGCUCAAGGAAACUUGUGACGACUACACAGGACUAAUUGAAGACAAUUUUGGAACACGUCUAACGAUGUUCGAAACGACAUGCUUGUUUGAUUAUCAAUCAGAAUAUACUAAGUAAAAAUGUCUAUGACCAAGAACAUUCAGAAUUCAAAUGUAUGUAUAACAACAUAACACCACAAUCUUUUGUGUUAAUAUCUUAUUUUCUUUUUUUUACUUAAUUAUUUUUUUGUAUAUAAAUCAAUUGGUAUGAAAUAAAUAGCAGAUCAGCUUUUUUAUUGGCUUUUUUUCGGAAUCCGCAUUAAAAACAUGGAGCAGAGCUUACCACUGCAUUCCAGUAAUUUAGGAAUUUUU